UUCGAGACGUUAUACCCAGGUAAGAUGUUAUAGACUGGUUGACUAGGUACCUUGGAGAGCGCGCCUGGUUAAUUGGCCAGAAGUCGUGUCUGCGGUACAUAAUGGUGGCCGAAGUCGUGUCCUUAAUGCAUCUGUCCCACUGCCCUCACCUCUCAUCUCAGAAUCUGACUGCCGGCCAUGGAGCCACAUCGGAUUCCUGGGUUUUGAGCUAAUGGGCGCAAAAGUGUACCGCGUCUUUGCAGACCAAGGUCUGCCCUGACUACCAACCCCAGCUACGGUCAUAGGCUCGCCAUCAAAACUCUGUAGUGAUCGUUGCGACGUGGCAGACUUACGCGCGACGAUGUAGAUGAAAGAGUGCGACGAGGAUGCUGCAAUGCACUUUGCGUUUAAUGCAGGAUACAGGAAUUUGGACCACGGUAGGUACUAUACUCACUUGCUGACCUCCACAAGCACAUUUCUCCGAACAGAAGCCAGGCCAGAUGUCUGCAUCCGCUACGAAUACCCCGACACCUGCUUCUUCGUACCCAAUGCGACGACGAGCCUUGAAACCGUACUUCGCAACUUGGUUUUUCAGCCUGGAGAUGUCAUCAUCUGCUUCAGCACUAUCUACGGCGCAUUCGCCAACACCGUCAAGCACCUUUCCCAGACGACCACAGUGCAGGUCAAGACAAUCGACUAUACACUCCCCAUCUCGGAUGCCCGUCUUUGCGAGUUGAUUGAAGGUACAAUCCAGGAGCUCAAGAAGGGUGGGCUAAAUCCCCCAAUUGCAAUCUUCGACAGCAUCAACUCCCUACCAGCUGUACGCAUGCCCUUUGAGCGAAUGAUUGAGAUCUGCCGCCGUCACGGGCUGUUCUCCUGUGUCGACGGCGCGCACGGCAUCGGCCAGAUUCCCCUGGAUCUCGGCGAGCUGCACACAGACUUCUUCGCAACCAACUGCCACAAGUGGCUCUACGUGCCACGCGGAUGCGCUGUGCUGUACGUGCCGAAACGCAAUCAGUGGAUAUUACGAUCUACGCUGCCAACGAGCUUCGGUGUUCACGACGGGUUUGUGGCUAACUUUGCAUCUCUCGGCACUUUGGAUGACUAUCCCUGCCUCUGCGUCCCGGCCGCUCUGGCUUGGCGGACUAUGCUCACCUGGCGGAGUCGAAAGGGUGAAGAAGCUAUCAUGAGCUGGAUGCAGAAUUUGGCAAGGAAAGGAGGCGCAACGGUGGCCGCCAUUCUGCAGACGAAGGUGCUGGAGAAUGAAGGAGGUACGCAAGGAGAUUGUAGCAUGACAGACGUGCGGCUACCGCCUCACCCGGCUGAGACUGUAGGCGAUGGUCUGGACGGUCGAAUGACUGCCACCGUGGCAGGAAUCGUCAGUGUCACCGUACACAGCGACGCUUGGUGGGUAAGGCUCAGCGCACAGGUGUAUCUGACAUUGGAUGACUUCGAGCACGCCGGGCGCUCAUUGCUCGAAGUGUGUGGGAGUGUGACACAGGGCGAGGGGAGGAUGGGGACAUGUUCGGGCGCGACGUGA